GCUAAUUAGUCAAACCCCAUUUUACCUACCUCAUCAUCAUCACCAUCAGCUUUUUGAUAGCACUUCACAGCAACGACAACAACCGCCGCAAGCGAAGGCCGCGGCCUCGGAGACGGAAUCGAUAAUGUCUGACGGGACCGGUGCCGUUAAGCACCCCAAGUACCGGGGAGUGAGGAGCCGGAGCGGAAAGUGGGUGUCGGAGAUACGAGAGCCCCGGAAGACCACCCGCAUUUGGCUCGGGACCUACCCCACCCCUGAGAUGGCGGCAGCCGCGUAUGACGCGGCUGCCCUCGCUCUCAGGAGCGGGGAUGCGGUGCUCAACUUUCCCGCAUUUGCCGGGAGCUACCCCGCCCCGCUUUCCACAGACGGGGCGGGAAUACGACGCGCCGCCGCCCUCGCUGCCUCAAUGAUGAAGCCGGAAACGAGCGGGGGCAUGACGGGUCGUCUUGAAAGAAGCGAUUUUAGGGUUUUUGGCGCAAAGUAUAUCGACGAAGAGGAGUUGUUCGGCAUGCACAACUUGUUGGUCGACAUGGCGGGGGGGAUGAUGGUGAGCCCGCCGCGGAUGAGCUUGUCGCCGGCGCCCGAUGACUUGUCGGAAAAUGCCGAAACGGAAAGCCUUUGGAACUAUUGAAUUGGAUAGUUUAGAUUAUUGAAUAAUGAUCCUUCAAUUUCAUUAUCUUCUCUUCCCUAAAUGAAAUGCUUUAAUUUCUAGGUUUUGAAAUCAAAGUUAUAGUGGGAAACUCACCAUAUUUUAGUACAAUAUUGUUGGGACUGCGUGUACCCUCACCCCAACCCCGCAUUAGUAUGAUAUUGUCCGCUCUGGGCCAAGCCCUCACGGAUUUAUUUUUGGGCACCUCCCAAAAGGCCUCAUACUAAUGGAGUUGGGUGAACCUAUAUAUUUUGGUUCAUUUACUCCUACUCAUCCGGUGUGGGACUUGGAGGAAUCCCAACAAACCUCCCCUCAUCGAAGGACCACACAACUUCCGACCUCCCCUCCAGCGGUAAUCCCUUUUUUUUCUUUAUCUGCUAACCAUCUUGCACCGCCGCACACUCUUUGCGGGACACGCCGCCCGACCUCCUGUCGGGAAGACUUUCGACG